AUGUAUAUCGGCAGUGUGGCAGGCUGGGUGCGCCUGGAUUACAGCCUGGACGACGUACUCGACGUAACCGCGUUCUCAAUUGGUUCAGCCAGUCUCAAGUUCGCGGCCCCAGCGGUGCCAUAUCUUGCCGUGGAGGAGGCGUGGCCUGAUUUGCGACGGCAUUUCGACUACCAACCCAACCGGCGCUGCCGCUGCGCGGACCGUACCUUGAAAAUCAGCCACACGCCCUCUUUCCAAAGCGCAUUGCGACAAUGCGUACAACUGCCCGGCUGCACAGUCGUCGUACGGAACUCACAGUCCCAGAUGACCUUCUUUUGCCUUGCGGCCUACACCAUUUCCGAAUCGGACGCGGCUUGGUUUUCUGCAUCCCUCCGCGACCCUCCUCCCAUACAUCGAUACGCCGGAGCGGUUACUGCGGACAGCUGGAACUACUUCGUGCUCACUUACAGCUCCGGCAAGGCGAACCUGUACGUGAAUGGCGCCUUGCGGCAAACAGCCGAGGUCAGCCCGCUCGCGGAUUUCUCCCCGCUGCACCUGGGCAGAUCUCCGCGGUGGUUUGAAGGCCGCUUCCCGGGCCAAGUCGGGAACGUCCGCGUGUGGCCCCGCCAACUGGAGCCCCACGAAGUGGUGAUGAGCAUGUCACCCGAACUGCCCAUCACCGGCCAUGUGCUGAAUGUCAACGCGACGCCGCGGUGGGCGUGGCCGGCCGCUGGAAAAUCUGCAUGGACCAAACCCGCCGUGCCCGGCCAGCUGUCCCAAUGCGAUGCAGCGGUUGUAUUGCCUAUGGUGGACCGCACCAACCUCGCACAGGUGCAGAUCCUAGCCAGCCAUUUGCAGCGCUACACUGGCGGCUCCUGCCAUGCCAAGGUGUUCCUGGUUGACUGUUCGGGUCAGGACCUCGCCCCGGACUCAACUAGCCUCACAGAGCCUGUGGCUGGUACCCUGGCGACUCUGCACCCCGCCGGAGAGCUGCAUUGGGACGCAUGCGUGCGGUUUGGCCUGCAGCAGGUUCUCGAACGGGACCCGGAGACCCCUUAUGUCGCCGUAGUGGUGGAGUCCUUGCGGCCCUUGUACGGCUGGCUGUCGGGGCUGGUCAACGGGCUCCAUCAGCACACCGAUGCGGCUGCGGUUUUCGCCAAGGUCUUGUUUGCAAACGGCACGAUAAAAAGCUCUGGGUCUCGGUUCGAGAAGGUGUUUGAUGACUACUUGGGCCGUCAGGUAGUCCAGCCUGUGGCGAUGUACGCAGGAUACCCUUGGAGUUACCGCCCAGCCAUGAAGCCCGCGGAGAUACGCGCUGCGGACUGCUCAGCUUGGGUGAUGCGCGCUUCCGCCGCCAGAAGCCUCCUGGAAAAUGGCGGCUUUUCCGUAGAGUUGGGGAGCUCUUUAGCCUGUUCGGACAUGGCUCUUCGGCUUUACCGCUACGGUCGGCAUGCUGUGCUGGUGUCUCCCGCCAGUAUCUUCAUCGAAACGGCCACUGAGUCGCGUCAAGACCCGGCGGCGCUGCAGGCGUUCGACGAGCUCUGGGGGCGUGACCUUGCCGCGCAGUAUGCCUCGGACUUGGCGAGUAAUGCAACGGUGAGCUGGGUCAUGCAAUGUGGUGGCUCUGACGGCGCCAAGGCCUACAACCUCGUGCAGCACCUGGAGGGACGGCUGCAGCUCAGGGCGCAGAUACAGCGUGGUUGGCCCUUUUGCGAGCAUCCAGACGUCCUCCAGGCAGCUCCGCUGUCAUUCUCCAGGAGGGUGCACCGGCUCCGGGGCCUAUCCGCCUACCUGCCAUCCGACAUCAUAAUCCAUCAAAAGGACUAUCGCCAGCUGGCUGCGUGGCCAUGGCCUCCAAACAACUCAUCGUCCUACCUGAUUGGACGCUACUCAUGGGAUCUGGACCGCGUUAACCGCCAGUGGGCGAACCAGAUGAAGAACGAGCUGGACGAGGUUUGGGUGCCGUCUAACUGGCAUGCCGCAAUCCUGGAGAGCCAAGGGGUCAGGGCGGAUAAGAUCUUCGUCAUUCCGGAUAGUGUGGAUUCGUGGAUGUACGACCCGGAUAUCUGGGAGCCGGUGACGCUACCGAGGCAGCGCCGGGUGGCUUUCUUGGCAUCGUUCCGGUUGGAUGAUUACACGGGCUGGCAGGCGGUGCUUUCGGCCUACCUGAAGGCGUUCCGUAACCGCACAGCGGACGUAUCGCUCUAUGUCCACACGGCCAUGCUACCCGAGAUGACCUACCGAAAGGACUACAUCUACGACGCGAUGAACACCUUCCUGCUCAGCAGCGGCGACCCUUAUCUGCAGUCCAUCAGCCUGGACGCCGAUCCUCGGGACGACAGUGCACCGCACGUGCACGUGCUCGGCAGGCAGCUCCUGCAGGACGAGCUUCUAAGGAUCUGCUCGUCCGUCGACGUUCUGGUCGUACCGCUCCGAAGUGAAGGCUGGGAUGUGCCGUACUUGGAGGCAAUGAGUCUCGGCAAACCUAUCAUAUCGGCCACAUGGGGCGGCCUGGCGGAAUACAUCCAGCCGGAUUUCGCAUUCCAGGUCAAUCACACGAUGGUUCCCGUUCACACAUCAGACAAAGGGCUGCGAGGGUCAAACUGGGCGAAGCCAAACGUAGACGAUUUGACGGCGGCUUUCCUGGCGGCUUACCGCAGCCGUAGCCUGCGCGCGAUCGGAAACAAGGCCAGGCUUAGGGUAGUCGAACGGUACGACAACAAGAUCGUGAGUAACAUGGUUCUGGAGCGCCUCAGAGAAAUUGGUGAAUCUGAGCUAAAAUUGGCGAGCCCUCGCGCACCAAAAUCCCUGGACAUGGCCAAGGACCCCAUCCCAGUGGAUGUGCACAUGUGCGGUGCGUUCCCCAAAGCCAGCCCUCGCGCCAAACAGAGCAAGCCGGCGCUGAAGGUCGCUGUGGUGUCGACGGCGCUUCCCCGUCGCUGUGGGAUCGCAACUUUCAACGCGGCUCUUUUGGAGCACUUGCAGCCUCUGCUGCCGAAAGAAAGCUCUGUGGAGAUUCUGCCUCUGGUCUGGGAUGCCGAGAUACCAGCAACCCGUGGCCCUGAGCAAAGCACGCGCUUCAUUCGGCAGGAAAACUACGGCGACUACAUCUCGGCUGCGCAUUACGUUAACAGCGAGGGAUUUCACGCGGUGAUCUUGCAGCAUGAGUUCGGGAUAUGGGGUGGUACGGUUGGCAGCUUGGUUGUCUGCUUUGCGAAAAUGCUGGAGGUGCCGGUCAUCAGCGUGAUUCACACACUCAGCGACAACCUGGGGAACCCGCAACAGUACAUACUGCAGCACCUGUCGGCAGCGUCCACCAACGUUGUUGUGAUGUCCGAGUCCAGCCGCAAUAAGCUGGGGGCUCUUCAUGGUAUCCCUGGCGCCAACGUCGUCGUACUACCCCACGGAGCCCCCUUGAUGACAGCUGUGGACCCGCUCGCAGCGAAGUCCGUCCUGAACCUGACGGGGAAGACCGUCUUGCUGACCAACGGCUUGCUCAGCCCGGGGAAGGGAAUCCAUUUGGUGCUUCAUGCCUUGCCCGAAAUCGUCAAGGAUUUCCCAAACGUGGUGUACUUGAUCGUCGGCGAGCCACACCCCGACUGCGGUCAGCCGUGCACGGAUUACUAUGCAAGGUUGGUCAAAGAUGCGUCAGACCCCCGCAUCCUAGACAAUGUCAGGUUUGUCAGCAAGUUCCUGGAGAACGAGUUGCUGUUGCGAUACGUUCAGGCGGCUGACAUAUUUGUCCUGCCGUACACGGAGCGUAUAACGACCAAUUCAGGUACUCUUACGAUGGCCAUGGCCGCCGGGAAAGCCGUCGUGUCGACGGCGUUCGACCACGCCGCGUCGGCGCUGGUGGGACGGGGUAUACUGGUGGAGUUCGAGAGCUCGCCCGCGCUGCGCGAGGGAAUCUUGAAACUCCUUCGCGACGAGAAGCUCCGAGUGAAGUUCCAGAGUGCAGCUAAGGAUUACUCCUACGGGCGAGACUGGAGAUCCGUAGCUCGGGGCUACGUGUCGCUUUUGCAAAAUGUGACAGCGGCUUGA